AAAACCUCGAAUGUGCAUCCCAAUCGAGGGUGUCUCAUCACUCUGACUGACCUCACCGCAGGCCGGAAAAGUAUUCGAUCGAGCACGGCACAGGACGACCAACUUGCCCUCUAGUCUGGCCAUGUCGUCCUGCAUCCGCCCAGAUGCACCACACCUAGACCCUUGCGACGCCACACCUACGUACUCCUCGGUCUUCAUAUCUCGCUGGUACAAUCGCGUUGAUCCGCAUACACUGCACCGGGCCUUUCCAAAUCUUCCUCGUCCGUGCUCAGUCCCAGAACGAGUCGAGAGCGAUCCAGGUCGAUCAAUCUCCGCAUCCACAUCAGUAUCCGUCCUUGGCCGUCGCGCCAUGAUCAGAUUUGCUUGAUCGAAGGCCAUCAGAGGCGAGGUAUUCGUAGCUGUCGUCGGCAGCAGCCAGCAGUGAGUGAGUGAGGUGGCCGACCCCGAGUGCUUACUUUCUCGCGCAUGGCGCCGGAGAAGCGGUGGCCGAGUUCCCGUCCGGCCGGAGGCGGAAUGCGCGGCGGCGGCGCCAAGUGCGUGAGCGGGAAGCUGCAGGCGCAAGGCCGGGCGCGGCCGGCGGCGGCGCCGGGGCAGGGGUACUUCACGGCGGGGCUGGCGGCGCUGUUCCUCUGCCUGACCGCGCUGCUGGUGGUCCUGCCGCUGGUGCUGCCCCCGCUGCCGCCGCCGCCGUUGCUGCUGCUGGUGGUGCCGGUGGGGCUCAUGGCCGUCCUGCUCGCGCUGGCGCUCGUGCCGCUGCCGUCCGACGGCCGGGGCGCGAGCGGCGCCGUCGCCUCGUCGUGCCUGUACUGAUGAGGAGCGCGCUUGGCACGUGCGCGAGGGAGGGGGAGCCGGGGAGUGCGUACAUGUAAAAAUGUGAGGUUUAACAAUAUUUUCUUUGUGUUAAUUAAGGCUAGCAAUUUCUUUUCCUUUUUGUUCUGUGCUCGGAAUGAUCUCUCCGCUUGUUUAUGCAGAGGCCUGAGGGCCUCAGGCGGGUUCACAGGUUUCACACUCAAUUUUUAUUUGUAUUUUUAUUUAUUUGUCGCAUAUUGAGAAUGGAGAUAAUAUAUGUAUAGGCUUGGGUACCGUA